AUGGCUCUUGCAACACUAGCCACUGCGCAAACCAACCCGGAGGACUUGGCUUUCCUGACGCCCACGACUGUAUCAACUUCAGUUGCACUCACCGGUGUUCAGACCGUCACUGUCACAGCGACCGCGACUGUCACACAGGGUAGCUCUGCGGCGCCUCAAAUCACUGCUGUCUCCGAUUGCCACGCUCAUGGCACCGUUAACUGGUGCAUGGCUGGCACCGAAGAGUACCAAAUCUCCGGACCUACUGCUACAGAAGAGUUCCAAGCACAGUACACAGACUGUCAUACGCAUUCUGCCGAGACAUUCUGUGUUGAUGAUGCUGGUGAAGACGUUCAAGUACUCGUUGAAUCCGCCGAGGAGGAUAGCCACUCUGAGGAGACCACUGAGGAGCCAGCCGGUUCCGGAGAGCACUGUCACUUUCACGCUGGUGUCGAACACUGCGUAGGCGGCAGCGGGGAAAAGUCUUGCGAUGCAACAAGUCGCGACUACAACAUCCCACUGCGCGUCGGGCUGCUCUUCGUCAUCCUAGUGACCAGCGCGUUCGGUGUUUUCAUGCCGAUUUUGACGACUCGAUUCAACAUCAUCUCCCAGACGAACAUCAUAUUCGUCGUACUGAAGCAAUUUGGUACCGGAAUUGUGUUGUCCACGGCAUUUAUCCACCUCUUUACCCACGCUGAUCUCAUGUUCGGCAACGAAUGUUUGGGCGAGCUUCAGUAUGAGGGAACUACGGCUGCUGUCUUCCUUGCAGGUCUCUUCUUAUCCUUCCUCGCAGACUAUCUUGGUGCCCGUUUCGUACAAUGGCGAGCAAAGAAGCAUGUCAGCACCGAUAGCGAGAUCAGCAAUACCCCAACGAACGGUAGUGACAAGGCAGUAUCCGCCACAAGCACUCCUGAAAAUGACUCCACCCGCAGCCAUGACCUAGCUCACGCCCACGGUGCUAUCAAAAAUACCGCACCUACGGAAGAGAUGGUCAACGUUAUGAAUCUGGAGGCUGGUAUCAUCUUCCAUUCCGUACUGAUUGGUAUCACCCUUGUGGUCGCCGGCGAUUCUUUCUUCGUCACCCUGUUCAUUGUUGUCCUCUUCCACCAGAUGUUCGAGGGUAUCGCGCUCGGCACAUGCAUUGCGGAAUUACCGAAGGCUGCGGCAUCGACUCAGAAGAAAUGCAUCAUGGCUGGCACUUUUGCUUUGAUCACGCCUAUCGGCAUGGGGAUUGGUAUUGGUGUUUUGAACACAUUCAACGGAAACGAUCCUUCUACCAUCGUUGCUAUUGGAACACUCGAUGCGCUGUCCGCUGGUAUCCUUGCUUGGGUUGGUAUUGUUGAGAUGCUGGCAAAAGACUGGUUGCAUGGGCGCAUGCUGGACACUGGCUUGAUCAGAACGCUCUCAGCGAUGUUCGCUUUGAUUUGUGGGCUGGUACUAAUGAGCGUGCUCGGGAAAUGGGCCUGA